AUGGAACCACCAGCUGCAACGGCCGCUGCAGCCGCGUACGGAAACCGCCGCGAUGCAGCUGCGGUGAAAGGUUUCAGUAACGAUUCAGCCGCUGAUCAGACAAACGAUUACCAGAUAAAAAUAAAAGCGUUCCAAACGCCGAUGGUAAGGCGUCUAGGAACUGGAGUCUCAGCGAUCCAGAAUCAUGUAGGAAGAGAAGAGUGGUUGGCUAUAAACUUUACUCAGUUGAACAGAAGAUGA